CACGCAACGGAGUGGGGGAGGGAGCCCCGUGUGUGUCUGUGUUGUUGUUCCGCGGCGGCGGCGGCGGCGGUAAGAUGGCUGCCCACGGGGGCUCCGCGGCGGCGGCGGCGGCGCUGAAGGGGUUAAUUCAGCAGUUCACCGCCAUCACCGGUGCAAGUGAAAGUGUAGGAAAACAUAUGCUUGAAGCUUGUAACAACAACCUGGAGAUGGCCGUCACUAUGUUUUUGGAUGGAGGAGGAAUUGCUGAGGAGCCCAGUACCAGUUCAGCAAGUGUCUCUACUGUCAGACCACACACAGAAGAAGAAGUUCGUGCUCCAAUUCCUCAAAAGCAAGAAAUACUGGUGGAGCCAGAGCCUUUGUUUGGUGCUCCUAAAAGGCGAAGGCCAGCACGUUCAAUAUUUGAUGGUUUCCGAGAUUUUCAAACUGAAACUAUUAGGCAGGAACAGGAAUUAAGAAAUGGAGGAGCAAUAGAUAAGAAACUAACCACCCUUGCAGAUCUAUUCCGGCCCCCAAUUGACUUGAUGCACAAGGGCAGCUUUGAAACAGCCAAAGAGUGUGGCCAGAUGCAGAAUAAGUGGCUGAUGAUAAACAUUCAGAAUGUACAAGACUUUGCAUGCCAGUGCCUCAACCGUGAUGUGUGGAGCAAUGAAGCUGUGAAGAAUAUUAUCCGGGAACAUUUCAUUUUCUGGCAGGUUUAUCACGACAGCGAGGAAGGUCAGAGAUACAUACAGUUUUAUAAGUUAGGGGAUUUCCCCUAUGUUUCCAUCUUAGAUCCACGGACAGGUCAGAAGCUAGUAGAGUGGCACCAAUUGGAUGUAUCUUCUUUCUUGGACCAAGUAACAGGGUUUCUGGGUGAACAUGGGCAACUGGAUGGACUUUCUAGCAGCCCCCCCAAAAAGUGUGCCCGAUCGGAGAGUCUCAUAGACGCCAGCGAAGACAGCCAACUGGAAGCUGCCAUCAGAGCCUCCUUGCAAGAGACACAUUUCGACUCAGCACAGGCCAAACAGGAUAGCCGCUCAGAUGAAGAAUCUGAAUCGGAACUCUUUUCUGGCAGUGAGGAAUUCAUAUCGGUUUGUGGCUCUGAUGAAGAAGAGGAGGUAGAGAAUCUUGCUAAGUCCAGAAAGUCUCCUCAUAAAGAUUUGGGGCAUAGAAAAGAGGAGAACAGAAGGCCACUGACAGAGCCCCCAGCCAGAACUGAGCCUGGCACAGCCACAAACCAUCAAGGAUUGCCAGCCAUGGAUUCUGAGGUCUUGGAGAUGUCACCUGAAAAGUCAGAUGGAAUAGUGGAGGGGAUAGAUGUAAAUGGACCAAAAGCACAGCUGAUGCUGCGGUACCCAGAUGGAAAAAGGGAGCAGAUCACUCUUCCAGAGCAAGCCAAAUUACUGGCUUUGGUGAAGCAUGUCCAGUCUAAAGGAUAUCCAAAUGAACGUUUUGAACUUCUCACCAACUUCCCUCGGAGGAAGCUCUCUCAUCUGGACUAUGACAUUACCUUACAAGAGGCUGGCCUCUGUCCUCAAGAGACUGUCUUUGUACAGGAAAGAAAUUAACAUCAUGGCCUGACCUCUCUCAGCUUACCCCCUUUCUCUGUUCCUGUGAGAUACCAUGUCACUAAGUAUGCAUCUUGGCUCAUAGGACCAUAGAGCCAACGCUGGGCAAGCAAGUCACCUGCCUUUUCUUUUUCUCUUUCUGUCAUUUGUCAAUCAGUCUCCUUCCCCCUUACCUCUGUCUUCUUUCUUCUUCCUUUUUCUCACUUUGUUCUUUCUUACCAAGUGUGGUGACCAAUGGACGUGUAAAAAUAAGAAUAACAUCUCUCCUAGUACUGGCAGCACGAAAUGUGUGUUCUAAUAAGUGGUCUCUUUCAUGACACCUUUUGGGGACCUAGUGAUGUUACUACUUCCUAGACUGUUAACAAACAAUGGCUAGAAUCAGAAUUAAAAACAGCCCCCAUUUUUGGUAGGAAAAAGAAAUUCUUUUAACAUGCAUUUUGUUCAUCAUGUAGGAAGAUGUCAUAAUGAAACAUCCAGAUGUUUGUUUAUGUGGGGAAAGCAUCCUUUAUAAUGUUGGUCAUCAUAUUUAAAAUUUCCCUCAAGGAUUUCCAUCUUCUAGUUACAAGCUAUUUCCAUGAUGUGUGUUAUUGGCAGAAUCAGUGCUCAGUGUAUUGUGUGUAGCACAGGGUGGCUUUCAAUGUCCUAGCCUGAGACAGUUUCCUUUGCUAUUUACUCUAUCAAUUAUAUUCCUCUUUCCAGUCCUAGGACAAAACUUUAGUAAGCACCCUGUGUCUGGGCUAGGAAGGUGCUUGCUGUUUUUGUCUGCACAGCAAAUUAGUUCCUUUGCCUCCAUUGUCUGAGUCUAAUAUAUUCUGUAGGAAGGCAGGUGUUCAAUAAUCAUGUAGUGCAAUGGCUUUGUAAUUGUAACCACUGUGGUUAUUGAUUGUCCUAUGUGCUUAAGGCAUACUUAAGUAUGUCCCAGGGGUGGGUGGGGUGGGGGGUAGGGACAAAGGCUGCAGCUGAGAGUUGCUAACAAUGUUCUUUUGGUUAGAAGUAGUGAUUCGUUUUUUUACCCUCAAUUGGAAUAAUACUUAAAAUGCUUUGGUAACUAAUUGAUCUUAAUUCCUCAUGCUGUUUUAUUUUAGAAAAUAUCAAAACUGAAAGUCUCAGAGAAAGACCUUCAAACUUGGUUCAUACGACAACAGUUAGUAAGAGAGAGAUUACUAGUAAUCGCCAGAUGUGAGGUGUUUUUUUUUUUUUUUUUUUUCUGCCAACAAAAGUCACAUUCAAAUUGUGUUUGGUGAAAGCUUUUUUCAGUAUUAUUUAGAAUAGGCCACCUGAGUCUAUAUAGUACUAUCCAUCAGCUUCACUGUGUGCUCAGUUCUUUCCUUGAGCUUCAAGUAGAAUUCCCUACCAGGGCAGGUGAUGAUUUGGUAGAAAAAUCAAAACUUUAAACUGCUUAUAAAACCAUUUCUAUAGAAUGACCUAUCUUGUCAGUUGAAGAUUUUGAGUGAUUCUUGAACCUAUACACAAUCUAAAUUGUGAUUACUCAGAAACCUUUGGAUUCCUGUGUACUUGCAGAUCUCUUGGCAACUAGGGGAUUAAAAAGAUAAGCUAAAGAGAUGUGGUGUGUGGCUAGUAUACAGUUAGAGACUAUGGUUGUUAAUGGUUGGAUUUUGAGGGACCUCCCUAAAGAAUGGGUUAUGUAUCUCCACAAGGAAAUCAUGGAAAAUUCUGUUAUUUUUCAGUGAGUCCUUUUGAAUUAAUGUUCUUACUUUUUUUUCUAAGUCUGUGUAAGUGCUUAUGUAUAAGUAUAUAAUUGUAUAAAUAUUUAUAAAUAUAUUUAUAUAAUUACAAUUUCAUUUAUACCUUGAGUCAAAGUUCUCUCUUUUGAUUGGUGACUGAAUAAUACCACUUUGGUGUUUUUCAUAGUGCUUGAGGCUUAACCAACAGUUUGGAUUUAUUUAGCAAGCAUGUUAAUUCCUCAGUUGUAUCUCUGAACUUGAAUAAAAACUGGCUGUCUGAGGAAUAGACUCUCAGAGGCUUUAAAAAAACAAACAAACUAGUAGUCAAGGUCAGUGGUCUAAUGCUUCGGGAGCUACGGGGUAAAAAGUGAGAGGGUACCCAGCUUUGCUAGGCUGGCACUGUCUCCUCUGCUGUCACAGGCCCAGCUAAAGCCCAAGUCAGUCAGAAAUAUGAAGUCAAGAAUUUUCCCUUAGAGGACUCUGCUGCACCCUCGUACCCUGUUAGGUUAGGUUCUCUUUAUACAGUAAAACCUAUCUUGAGAACCUGAGGCAGGAUGUUCAGAAGUGAGAGGGUGUAUACACUUCUUUUUUAUAUGCUUGGCACUGGCAAAUCCAUUUAUGAGAAACCAAAGUAAGAUGGCCAAGUAUAUAUGUGAGUUAAGAGAACACAGCAUUGUGCAUUUAUCACACUUAGUCAGGAUGUUCAGCUGUUGGGGACUUUACUUAAUGUUGGCAAGGAGUAAGAUUCUGAGGGUUGGCUCGUGGGAGGAAGGGUUAUGUAUUAUACAUGAGAGAAAUAAAGUUGGGGGGGGAUAUUGCCUUGCUUAAGAACUUAAUCUGCAUAAGGAGUUUGCCUUAGUUCUUCUACAAGUUAUUUUUCUUUCAAGGGAGAGCUUUCACUGAGCAGUCAGAUGAGAUCUAGGAGGGUAGAUAAAUGUAGUUAUUCCCUGUAUGUAGUAAAAACAGCUCAAAGGUUGUUUUUUAAGUAAGGAGGAAAGGGACAAGAUAGAUUUGAAUGUCAUAUAGAUGGAAACUUGUAGGGAAAGUGAAAGGGGCUCUGUGUGGACUUGGAGGAGAACUGUGCCAGGGGAAGGAGCAGCUAGCAUGUGUGGUGUGUACUCUGUGUGCAUUUUCUCCUUCAGUCUUCAUGCCGUCCUACACAGUGUGUAUGCCUUCUACUCACUUAAAGUGUGGGAGAAGACUAGAAUUUAUACAGUGUGGUCGGUAUCCAGAGUCUG